AUGACCAUCUUCACCAAAAUCAGCGUCGCAGCCAUCGCCAGUCUGGCAAUCCUCUUCCAGAUCUACCUCAAAGAAGCAAUAUGGCUUGGUUUCGGCAUAAACAGAACCAUCCAACCCCUCAGCGAAUUCCCCUACCAAUGCCGUAAGAUCGUGCAUCAUCGGCUGGAAGCUUGCGAGGACAUGUACUUAUCCCAAUCUACGCGCCAAUUGUUCCUCGCGUGUUCAGAUCCAUUUGCACGAAAGCAAUGGCAGCCAAAUGUUGGGUAUCGCAAUGUUUCGGGUCGAUCGCAGCGCGACGCUAUCGUUGCGCUGGAUAUCGAUAAGCCGAUUGAUAACGGGUUUGAGUUCCGAGCGCUGAAAACACUUGGGUUUGAGGGUACUGCUGGUGAUGGACUCAUCAACGUCGCUGGUUUCUCUGGCGUCGAGCAAAAAAAUGGCGAGAUUGAUUUCUUUAUCGUUAAUCUGCGGCCUUCGAUUGAUGCAGACGGAAAAUUGCUAGAUCAACAUGUUCAUGGUGGAAACGCGACCAUCGAGCACUUUGUUACUGGCCCUCAAGCGACGGAGAUGAAACAUGUUCGGACAUAUGCUAACCAAGGAAUUGCGACUCCAAAUCGUGUUGCAGCACUGGGUGAUCAUUCUUUUUAUAUCAGCAAUGAUCACGGUCCUCAUAAAUUCGGCUGGCGACAUCAUUUGUCCUUGAUUCUAGGCUUCUCCGACGUAACCUUCUGCGAUACUCAAACCUGCAAAACCGUCGCACCAAACCUCCAAUUCCCAAAUGGUCUCGUCAUAAAAGACAACAUCCUCUACGUCCCCGAAUCCAUAACAGGCCGUUUAUACAUCUACCGCAUCCUUCCUAACAAAGACCUCCAAAAGAUCGACGAGGUUAAUCUAGGCUAUGGUGUUGAUAACGCAUCGAUCGAUGAGAAUGGUGAUAUAUGGAUCGCUGCAUUUCCAAUCGGCGUUGAGAUCUUCAAAGCUUAUAAUGACCCGUACAAUGCUCAUCCGCCUAGUACUGUGUUGAGAGUUAGGAAAGUGGAGGGGGAGUAUGUUGUUGAGAAAGUGCUUGAGGAUGCAAACGGGGAAGUUUUGCCAGCUGCUACGACUGUUGUGCAUGAUGUCAAGACUGGAAGGCUUUUCUUGAGUAGUGUCAUUUCACCGUUUAUUGCCGUUUGCGAACCAAAGCGAUAA